AGAGAGAGAGAGAGAGAGAGAGAGAGAGAGAGAGAGUGGAUGAGCUCGGGAGCUCCAGUGAUUUUCAGGCCUGUGUCUCUCUCUCUUUUAUCCGCAUCUGUGUCGGGCUCGUGCCAGUGUGUAUCCACGCAUUUUACCUGCGUGUCUCGUAAGUCCACUCGUGUCCAGAACCAUGUGAGGGAUUAUUAAAUGCACCCGAGUGAGUGGACUGGAGCACUGCCUGUAACCUCCCCAGUUUAUACAAACCCCGCCCCCAUCCAAGAGACCCGCAGAAACUCGCCAUGAUGUUCCGGGACCAGGUGGGGAUUUUGACGGACUGGUUUAAGGGCUGGAACGAGUGCGAGCAGACGGUCGCCCUGCUGUCGUUGUUGAAGCGAGUUUCUCGGACGCAGGCGAGGUUUCUGCACAUCUGUCUGGAUCACUGGCUGGCCGACUGCACAGAGAUACACAUACUAGAGGCGGAGGCCAACAACGCAGCGAUCGUGAGUCAGUGGCAGCAGGAGCCGAAGGAGAAAGUGGUGUCUCUCCUGCUGUCUCACCUCCCCCUGCUGCAGCCGCGCAACGCAGAGGCCAAGUGUGAGUACAUGAACCUGCUGCAGAAGGUCCUGUGCCACACCAUCGAGAGCAGCCUGUUUGUGGAGGAGAGCCGCCAGCUGCUGUCUUAUGCCCUGAUUCAUCCGGCCACCACCAUCGACGACCGCAACUCUCUCGCCAUGUGGCUCAAUCACCUGGAGGAUCAUCUUUCGUCGCGGCCGCCCCCUUCCGGGCCGUACCAUCACGCCCGGCAGGGUUCGGACGAGUGGCCGGGUUCCGCCGAGUCCCUGGAGCCGUCGUACGGCUGGCAGGAGAACCUUUCGUCGACGUGCAGCUCGCCGGCCGGGCAGAACGGGCACGUGGCUUUUCCCGGCACGGGCGGCGUGACUUCGCCCGUCAACAAUGCAGGGCUGCAGGUACAGCCGAGCCCGUUGAAGCCCUCCAUGUCGCUCACCCCCGCCAGUCAGACUGCCUGCAGCUCCGAUUGGCUGAACCAGGACGAUGGGAUUGGAUGUCAAGGGGUGGGAGGAGCAGAACACGCCCCCCUGUCACCCCAGAGCAGCAUUACAUCGUCGGGGAGCGAACAGACAGAGGACCAGAGCAACGCACGCAACACUUUCCAAGAGGAUGGGAGUGGGAUGAAAGAUGUGCCGGGCUGGCUGAAGAGUCUCCGUCUGCAUAAAUACGCUUCACUUUUCUCUCAGAUGACGUAUGAUGAAAUGAUGAUUCUCACAGAACAGCAUCUUGAGUCACAGAACGUGACAAAAGGGGCUCGACAUAAGAUCGCUCUGAGCAUACAGAAACUCAGAGAACGACCGAGUCUUCUUAAAUCUCUUGAAAAGGAUAUACUGGAAGGCGGAAAUGUUCGUAAUGCUUUACAAGAACUUCAGCAGAUCAUCAUCACACCAAUCAAAGCCUUUGCCCCGCCCACUGCUGCUCAGAAGGAGGUGGAGCCUGGAGUUACACCUGUUGAUAAAGCAGCCAAUUCCGGUGAGGAGAAGGAAACUGAGGGUUUCCAGACCCACAAUCCUCCUCCGUGUGACGGAGAAUCCUCAUCCGCUCCCAUUUCUGAUGGAGAUAUUGCUGGACAAUUCACACGUGUGAUGGGGAAAGUAUGUACACAGUUAUUGGUAUCCAGGCCGGAUGAGGAGAAUAUCAGCUGUUACCUGCAGCUCAUUGAGAAGUGUUUGACACACGAGGCAUUUACAGAGACACAGAAGAAGAGGCUGUUGUCAUGGAAACAGCAGGUGCUGAAGUUGCUCCGCCUCUUCCCACGGAAAGCCAUGAUGGAUAGUGGAGUGUACCGGAGAGGGUGGCCGGCGUACGGCUCCAACUCUCUGCCCACAGCUGGAUCUGUGAGCGCGGGUUUGGGCCGGCGAGCGCAGCGGCCGUUUCAGAUGCCUCCGCGGGGUGCUCCUGCCCCCAGGAGCAUGGGGCUGAUGACUACCGGCGGUCUGGGCGGAGCAUCGCCCCGACACUCGCUCACCAGCCCUGCGGCCGUCACGGGACAGGGGCGACAGAACUUGUGGUUUGGGAACCCGGGCGGCAGUAACAGCAUGCCGAGCCAGAGCAGAAGUUCGGUUCAGAGAACUCACUCUUUACCCGUGCACACGUCUCCACACACCAUGCUUCUGUUUCAACAGCAAGAAUGCCAAGUUCCAGGAACGGAUCUGGAGAUCAACCCCACUCUGGAGUCUCUGUGCCUCAGCAUGACGGAGCAUGCCUUAGGAGACGGAAUGGACAGAACGUCAACGAUAUGAAAAACUUCACUUCAGUUCGUCACCGAGUCGCCCGACACACACGCGAACGAUACCAGUCUCACUACAGUCACACGAAACUAACUGUGUAUAUGUUCUCUAAUAUUUUUCUACUUUAUUGUACUUAACUAAGUUUAUUAUAAAUGGAAUACAAAACAUAAAUGAUUAUAUUACGAAAAGGCAGAGCAGGAAGACGGACGCUUCGGGUCGAUCCGAUCGCCGGCCGCGAGGAGCGGUGCCUUUAAGGGCUUCGGGCCGCCGAGAGAUGUUCUGCCGAGCCACGAUUACUCCGUCAGUAGCCGAUCGUAUAAACGUCUGUUAUCUGAUGGCUGUUUACAUCCGCUUACUGUGUUCACCUGUCUGCAUGCGCUCUCACGUCCCAUGACAGACUUCCUGUGACUUCUCUGUCUGAGCGGUAGGUUUAAGAACGCACGCCGGCCGUCGUGCCGUAGACUCUGUUUGGGAUGAACGUCUGACCCGCACCCUUAUACCUGUGUAUAUUUAUCUGCUAUAAUGUCGAGGUACAAGAGGUUUCUUAGCACUUAUACGUAACAAGUUUACUGUGCGGCACUACGGCCGAUUCUGUCUGCGACGGCCGCGUAGUGGUUUUGUAAAUAUGCAGGAAUAGGAAAAUCGUACGAGCGAAGAGUCUUUACGGAAAUGAUUUUUAUACGCAAACCUUCAAAGAAAACGUCAGUGGUGCGGCUGUUACGUGGAUCACGGGAGACGUCGUUUCGGAGAGAUCGAGCUGUGCUCGUUCCGCAAACGUCGUUCCUUUCGAUUCGCUAUAACUGACAGGACGUCCACCGAUGACAGACUCCGCCUCAUACUCACUGACUGAAUGAUGCAAAAACCCACCAAUCGGAAUCCAUUUCAUCACUUCUCUGCCAUGUGAGGCCACUUUAGAGAUUUGUCCAAUCACAGCGGUGCUUAUAAACAGCAAAUACAUUUAUUCAUGAAUUUCUGUUCUCUUAGAAUGAUACAGACCCAUCUGAUCUAACAGCAACAUCAGAGAGGUGUGUGUGUGUGUGCGUGAGCGUGUCUGUCUCUCUGCAUGCGAGCGUGUGUGCGUGAGUGUGCGUGCACGCACAUGAAUGUGUCUGUCUGUCUCUGUGCAAGCGUGCGCGAGCGGGCUUGCGUGAGCGUGUCUGUCUCUUUGCAUGCGUGUCUGUCAGUCUCUGUGCAUGCGUAUGUGAACAUGUGUGUGCGUACAUGCGUGAACGUGUGUGUGUGUGUGUGUGAUCUAGAGAGUGUGUCUAUUUGUCUCUCUGGUUGUGAUGAUGUUAUUGUGAGGACUUUAGUGUGUUUCUUGAUGUCUCUUUACACAGAUAUUGGGCUCCAGCUCUGUAUCUAGUAAAACUUUAUUGACUGAAAAAACUUGUUUUGCUUCUGUAAGAAUUUACUUUGUGUUGCUUCACAGUUUAUUGCUUUGUACUUUAUAUAAAAUGAAGAAUAUCUAUUUCAUAUUUUACCCCAAAAAUAAAAAGAAAAUAUUUUUCAUGAGGAAGAUUAAGCCUGUUUUGCGGAAUAGUAUGAAAUUAUGUAAUUCCAAAUGAACACCUCCUCCAAAAAUCUCUGUUAUUAUGAAUGAAUUUUUAUUGUAUAGUGCAAUAAUAGGUCAUGACAGCGUUUAUUGAAUAAAUGUUGUGUGACGCUGAUGAAAUGACACUUAAAUGGGCUUUGUUUUCUUUAUGUAAAGUAUGAAUAUUUUCUUGAGAUUUUUGUAGUGAAAUAUAUCCGGGCCGUCUCGACUGAUAUUGUGUCAAAGUGUCUGUGUGUUCAUCCUUUCACUCAGGAUCAUCCCACUAUGCAACUACUCUUUAACACCAUAGAUACAUGAAGUUUUAUUCGCAGAUGUUGGUUUUCAGACGUGAUCAUGCAGAGUUUUUGCAAACUGAAAGAAAUGAUGAGAAGAUUAGGAAGUGUUUCAGACGUCUGCUUCAGGUCUGUUGUGGGAAGUAGAGCUUCACGUUGAGCAGUCACGUCUGCUUUCUGUUGGACACCUAAAUGAUGAAAUAAAGAGAAAGAGGAGUCUUUAUGUUAAGAUGAACAGAAGGUUUCAGACAAAUUCUUCAGUCCACGCAAGCUUCAGUCUCUUUCACAUUGAUGUGACCUCACUCUUCAUGUGUUUCUGUCUGUCUGUCUGUCUGUCUGUCUGCGGGUCAGGGUGCGAGAACAGCCUGGUGCUGCUUCAUUCUCUGUGGCUUCAUUCAUCAUUUUUGUUAGUUUGUAAAGGGUCAGGAACCCUCGGAGGAAAACAGGUUAUGGUCAAAAUCUUCUUCCUCUGUAUCCAUGUAGUUGAUGGGUUGAGAAGCUUUAAACGAGGGGAAGUCAUUCAAAGAUUUGGGGUCACAGCAUUGUCCUCUGGUUUAUCUGUCCGUCUGUCUGUCUGUCUGUCUGUCUCUCAGCCAGUGAGACCUCUGACUGUGAAUCUUUGUAAAGACCGACUGCAGGACCAACUGCUAGAGAUCAGACACAGAUGAAUGGCGCUUGGCAUGAACUAUAUUAUUAUUAUUAUUAUGAUUAUUAUUACUGACAUCUGGAGUGAUGGGACUUUGUGUGUGUGUGUUGCUCUGUUUGGUUAAAUUCUUCUAAUAUCUUUGUCAUGAUUCUUAUAUGGAGAUCAGAAUGAUAAUAAAUUGUUCCUGUUUUGCUA